AUGACCAACCUCAAAGGCAUACACGUCACUCCUUUUGCAUUCGGUUACGCUGAUGCACGUUUCCACGCGCGCCUGUUUGCACCUUGCCCCCGAUGCUGCGCGCCUUAUCGGGACAUUGGCCCCCUUCUGCGCCGUAGAAGGUGCGGCACCAGUACCACCCCCAAAUGCCAUCGACCCACGUUGCCCUUUAAGGAUGGCAAGGGGCACUUGACGCACACAACGCGGGCUGUUCUUUCAGUUUUUUUGUCCGACUUGCCUUCGUACCAAAGAAUGGGUGAUAAGAUGAGCAUGGAGCAUUCAGUGUUCACUGCCUUCUCGCAGGAUUUAUCAGGCGUGCGCCGCAAACUUUGUCACAAGCCGAUGUGA